GAAAAUCAACAAAGAAACAACUUCUCCAUUAAUGAAAUCACAUGAAUUAUAUAAAAACAUAAAUAAAUAAUUGUAUUCAUAGGCAAGGGAUAUUUGCUGCUUUGGAUCCCCUGCACUAUGAUAUUUAUAGUUGCGUACAGCAGUUUGUAAACAUUUAAAUCUAGUUUGUAUGACAAAAGACUUGGAAUAGAAUCCAGCUGUAAAAUAACAAAGCAGAAUGGUAUCCAACAAAGAAUCAGCUGUGAUAUUUGUAGAUAUUGAAGAAACUUACUCUUACAAUGAAGAUCUGAUUUGUAAAUUCGUUCUCAAUUAUUAUACUCCCCAAGAGGGCGAUAGAAUUGCUUUGUAUAAAUUAGGAUGGAAAUCUGUGAAAGAUUAUGUAGUUUUCGAGUGGGCUCCUGUUGGAGUACCAGAAAACGUUGAACACCAAGUCAUAUUCGAAAAACAAUAUUUGCCCACAAUUGAAUCGGAAAUCUACCAGAUCUGCUAUAUAAGUAGCGAGAACAUACUUCAUGGAGCCACUAUACCUUUCCAAUUCCAAAAAGAUCCUCCAAAAAAACAUUCCAACUCACUCAGCUCUUUAGAAUACGACACCCCAUUAAUUUUGAGUUCCUUUGAGGAUAUUAUGAAAACACGUCUGUACAGAAAAGAAAGGAAUUCAGCAAAUUCAACACCCACUAAGAAACCACUCAAUUGUGAAAACACAAACCUUCAUGCAAAUUGUGAGAAGCAAAUAGCUGCACUGAAAUCAGAAAUUCAAGCAUUGAAGAACAAAGUGUGGUUGCAGCAGACUGAAUUGGAUUGCUUGAAAUCCAACCUUAGGAAUUCACAAAGGAGUUCGACUUUUAUCAGGGAAUCCAAGUACGAUUUAGGAGAACUAGAGCCAAUUCCUCCUUUUCCUCUGAAUAUUUGAACCAGACAAUUAUUUUUAAAAGAGUUUAACAGUUCAGAAUUUAAGCUUAUUUUGGAUUAAUACUGUUUUAGUUUUGGUUUGAUAGAAGAGUUUGUCUUAGUUUUAUUUGUACAUAACCUUUAUUUAAUGCACAUUCUAUGAUUUCAGUUUGUGGUGUACAUCCUGAAUCUUGAUUUGAUAUAACGAAUUUCCUACUUGUACAUUUUUAAAUGCUUGAACAUUUGUUGUGGAACUUUUAUAUAGAAUAAAUGGUAUCAACUGCAGUUUUCCAUAAUUUUAUUAGCCCAUUAACCUUUUUUUAUCAUGAUCGUUUUUUAUACUUUUGUCAUAGAGUUUGGUAAAAUAAUUUUUCAAGUUUGAGCAUUUAUUCAUAUUUUUCUUGAACUUGUCAUUAAUAAGAAUCUCAAUGCUUGACCAAGUUAUUUUCUCUAAAAACUCACAGUUUCCCUUGGAGGUACAAUAUUUUCGACUUUCAAGAACAAAUAAUAGGAACUCUUCUUUUCCUGAAGAAAUAAUCCCUAUUCUGUUUCUUUCAUGCACAUUAUCCAUUUGUGCUUGUGUCAGACUCGUUUUCGAGAAAUUGAAGUUGAAAUUCAGCGUUUCACCCUUCAUGUUGAUAUUUGGGGUUUUCAUUGGUUUUAUGUUCCAUUUGGCCGAUCGAAAAGACAUCGUGAAGAAAAUUUUUCAACGUCAUCCUCGUUCUUUGUGGGUUUUAGUUGUACCUGUCAUGAUUUAUAACAUGUGCAUUACUUUUGAUACUAAUCUGCUAGGAAAGUCCUGUGGGCAAAUCUUCAUCAUUGCUCUGCCAGGUCUGCUGAUCAACGUUUCGUUGGUUGCUCUCAUUUUCAACCGUAUCACAACAGAGUCCACCUUGCGGGGCUUCUUGUUAACCUUGAUGUUCGCCCCUAUCUAUCCAAUGGACAUGAUGGUAUAUUUGAAGACCGUCAGUGCUGCCUCUAGAAGGGUACUGACCAUUCUUCAAGGUGAAUCACUGAUAGGUACCUGCAUUGCUUUCAUGCUGCACAAUUUGCUUGUGGAAAUAGAAUUGAAGAGGAUGCAUGUAUGGUGGGAAUAUUUGGUUUAUUUUGGGAUCUACCUUGGUGGAGGAGUAUCUAUCGGUUACAUAUGCGGGAAGACCAUAAGCAGAAUGAUGCUUUGCUCCAGUCAUGACCCAAUUCAAACUAUUCUAAUCACUUGGAUUGGCCCUUUCCUCAUCUAUUUCAUCGUAACAGCAGUCCUUGGAGCAGGAUCAGGCCUAGUGAAUCUGUCAGUACAAGGAAUAAUAGUGGCUCAAAAGAAAAGAAGUCUAAGCAAGGAAUCCAAGAUGCUGCUCGAAAAAUUCUGGAAUUUCCUAGCCUUAUGCACCAACAGCUGGGGCUUGCUGAUUGUGGGUAUGAUCCUGGGAUUAGACGUCCUGAAAGACAUCACCUACGAAGAUUUUGCCUUUGUUGUGUUGGAAUACCUGAUAAAUCUGAUAGCGAGAUCUUUAGAGUUUCUCUCGAUUUUCUGGAUUCUCAGGAAAGUAGGCUACGGCAUAACGAUCAACCAUCUGAUAGUACUGGUUUGGGGUGGUAUUUUGAGCAUCAUAAAUCUGUCGAUCAUAUUGCAAACUUACGAAGAUCCGGAAUAUCAUGAUUUCACGAGAGGCGCCCUCUUUCAUGGCACUGGAGCAACCCUCCUCACCAUGAUUAUAAACGUUUCUACGAUCCCCUAUCUCCUGCACUACCUGAACCUGAGCACCAUAUCACUCAUCAAGCAAGCCAACAUGAACAAAUGCAUAAAACGCAUUAUGUCAGCUAGAGACCACGCGGUCGAUGUUUUGAAGCUAGAAAGGUUUUUCUGUGACUCCAACUGGCCCUUCAUACAAGAGAACACAGUGAUUGUUCACCCUUUCAGGAUAGAGAACGUUGAGAAGUACAAGGAGAUCGAAAAUGAGAUUGAAUUCGAGAAAAUUGUGUUUUGUCCUGAAUGCCAUCAUGACGCUACAAUAAACUCGACCAAGAAGGAGUUGGAAGACAUGACCAGGGAAGCCAGGAGAAGAAUACUGAAGGCUAAACAGGUGUCUUAUUCCAGACAAUAUGAGUGUGGAAUGCUGACAUAUCAAGCUACCAGUAUUUUGAUCAACGAAGUAGAGUUCGCCAUGGAGGGAGAUUUCAUCAUACACACCGAGAAUCUCAUCAAACUUUUUCGGCCUUCUGUACACUUGGUCCAUUUUCGAUUCUCGCUACUGAGGAUGUUCCACGAUGGUCAGGAAGAUUGGCUCAGGAAGAAACCAAGAAUGGAAUAUCGAAAAUUCUGCUACAUCGUCGUUUUCAACCCUUAUUUCGAGGAUUUCGUAUGCUUUGUCAUCCUGAUGGACGUUGUUUUGGGGUGCGCGGAGAUAAUUUUGAGGUUGCAAGAAUCGGGAUAUUGGAAUAAUUACUGCGUUCAUUACGUCGUAUUCAAGAGUUUGUCCUUUGUUUGCUUCAUGGUCUAUCUGGUGGAGUUUACCAUGAAGGUUUUGGCUCUGGCGGUUGUUUACAUUUGGAAGGAUGGAGUCGCCAGUUAUUUCAGGUCUAAUUGGAGAAGGUUUGAGUUCUCCUGCCUUCUGAUAUCUUUUGCUAUCCUACUGUUUGAAAUAACAGAGUCAUUCUCGUUGAGAUUGCAAGGAGAUCGUCCGAGCAUCCUGUCUAUUGUCAUUUGCUGCCUAGGCAUGAUUACAGUCGUCCGAUUGGCUAGGCUGGUUCACAGAAUUCACCCUCUGGUGGAGAGAUUCAUCGAUGGGAGGAUCAACAAUAGGGUCACCCUAGCCUACAGCGUCGGUAAAGGGUACAUGAUAGGUGAAGAUGACGUUCUCCACAUCCUACCGAACGUACUCCUGAAGAGGCAGCUGAUAGAGGAGAUGAAACGGGAGGUGGAAUCUGAUAAGGCCGCGAUCUCCAAAGAGUUGAGUCUGAUACAGAGGGAGAGACCUUUGGUGGCUAUCAACGUGAAGACCAGGGAGGCUAUAGCAACCAUAUUGAAUACGAUGUACGAGGCUGUAGGAGAAUUGAAGCUUAUGGGUUGGGUGGAUGAUGUGGAGAGAAGAGCGCUGAACAAAGCUAUAGGUGAAAGAGAGAGCAGCGCGAGACAUCUGGGUUUCGUACCGGCUAGCACUCCUCAGGCUAUCUUCGAAGGUGUGACGUGGAUGGGUAAAGAUGAGAAGGUGCUGAGGUAUCUUUGGUCGAAUUCGAAAAAAAACCAGUACGAGUCCGGCGAAUACGUUUGCGAGAAGAACGAGGUUCCCGAAGGAGUUUACGUGAUAAUUUCAGGUCUUUUCAAGUCGAUCUACAAGCCAGACGAGGAGGUGCUGAAGAGGUACUAUAAGUUCGGAAACCUGCCAGUUGUGGACUACAUCUCAGCUUCCGAUGUCGAUAAAGAGUUGGAGGAUAUCUUCUUGAGCGGCAACACCAUCGGUGAAAUGGCCGUGUUGAGCCAGAGACCUUACGAUUGUUCUGUCGUGUCGGAUGGUCAUAGUCAAGCUUAUUUGAUCAGAACCGAACAUCUUCUUGAAGCAAUGGAAAUGGACGAUGACCCCAUAAACGGUUUGAGAGCGCGCAUGUGGACUUCUAUAUCUCUCAGACUGGCUUUCGAAGUUUUGGCGCAGUCGCCCAUGUAUUUUUCUGUGGCGAUAAAAGAAAUCGAAUCUACGUUGUUGAGAUCUGUAGUGCCAGACCUAGAAGGCGUAAAAGUGUUUGCUACAGGAGAAAUUAUAGAAGAUAUCGUUUUGAUUAAUGGAGUGGUCAUGGAUUUCAAUACGAAAAUGAUAUUUUACGCACCCUGCUAUAUACCAAGAAAUAUCAAGAAAAUCGUUUUCCCCCCUAACAGUUCCAUGGAUUUCCAGACCAAAGUAUCCCUUCAUGUCGAGCCCAAACUCUUGCUUAUAACUAGGAACGAUGUAGACAGAAAUGCCCUCUUUGCCCAUAUAAAAUUGAAUUGUCAAUUCGUAGAAGAUGUAUUGAGUUAGGAAACUCAAGGAUUGAGUAUGAAUGUUAAGCCAAAAAGUCUGUUACGAAAUAAACACUUUGUGGGCAUGA